AUGGGGUACCAGACUUCUGGCAUCUGGGUAUGGUUGGCUUUGACGCUUUCCUUCUCAAGUGCUUAUGACAUUAUUUCAGGUAGACCUAUCGACCACACUAACUCUAUCUGCAGUUCAUGGGGCAACUUCCAUUACAAGACAUUCGAUGGAGUGAUCUAUCAGUUUCCUGGCACCUGCAACUAUAAUUUGGCUUCGCACUGUGGGGACUCCUACCAUGAAUUUUCUGUCCACAUGCAGCGUGCCAUAGAGGAUGGUAGCCCAGUCAUUCACCAAAUCCUUAUUCAAAUCAAGGAUGUUACCAUUGAAUUGAAGAGAGAUUCUAAGAUGGUGAAUGGGGAAAUUUUUACGACCCCUUACUUUAACUAUGGAGUUUUCAUAAUUAAGAAGGAUGGCUACACAAAGGUGCAUACAAAGAUUGGCCUGACCCUCACAUGGAACGAAGGAGAUUCAGUUUUGUUGGAGGUGGAUUCCAGGUAUCAAAACAAACUGUGUGGACUCUGUGGGGACUACAAUGGCAUGCCAGUCAGUAAUGAAUUCUUUUUGAAUGAUAUGCCACUCAACCCUAUCCAGUUUGGAAAUAUGCAAAACAUCAAUGAUCCUACUUUAACCUGCACAAAUGUAGAUGAGAGCCAGCAAAUGAAUGUUUCCAGUUGUGGGCAUUAUUAUUCUGUUUGCAAAAGUUACCUCAGUCAAAGUGCCUUUUCAUCAUGCCAAGAUCUUCUUGAUGUAACAGAUUAUGUUAUGGCCUGCAUGCUCGAUGUGUGCUCCUGUAGCAGUGCCGAUGUCUCAUGUCUAUGCAAUACAUUAACUGAGUUUUCAAGGCAAUGCACUCAUGCAGGAAGGAGCCCACAGAACUGGAGAACUGAUGACCUCUGUCCUAAACAGUGCCCUGGGAACAUGGUAUACAAGGAAAGUGGUUCCCCAUGCAUAAGUUCAUGUUCUCAUCGUGAAGUAAAAAGCCUUUGUGAGGAACAUGAUGUAGAUGGCUGCUUUUGUCCUAAUGGCACGGUAUGGGAUGAUUACAAUAAUGCUGGCUGCAUUUCAACAAGCAAAUGUUACUGCAAGUAUCAAGAUCAGCUCUAUGCUCCAGGAUCAAAGAUUUUAAAUGAUUGUGAACAAUGCUCUUGUGAUGCAGGAAAAUGGACCUGCACCCAUGGAAUAUGCCCCAAAGUUUGUUCCAUUGAAGGAGGAGCUCAUUUCAAAACAUUUGAUGGGAAAUCUUACAAGUUCCAUGGCAACUGUAACUAUUUGCUAUCUAAGGCAAGGCACCAUGAGACUCACACUAUUGUAGCCGAGCUGACUCCAUGCAAUGCAUUUUCACGGGAGACUUGUCUGAAAACCAUCCAGUUCUACACAGAUGACAAUCAAAAUGUCUUGUCCAUCAGAGCCGACGGAUCUGUUUUAUUAAAUGAUCUCAAAAUAAGCCUUCCUCAAAUUACAGGAACUUUUUCAGUUAUACAGCCCACGGAAUCAAACAUCUUUGUCAAGGCAAAAUUCGGUCUCCAAAUCCAAAUCUCUCUCCUACCACUGAUGCAGCUGUAUAUUAACAUGGAUAAUUCUAAAAAGAAUACAUUUGAAGGUCUUUGUGGUAACUUUAAUCACAUUGAAGGAGAUGACUUCAUAACAUCGGCAGGUAUAGAAGAAUCAACAGCUUCAGCCUUUGCCAACACCUGGAAAAUACAAUCUACCUGCCAAGACUCAGUAGAGGUGUUAAUAGAUCCUUGCAGCUUCAGUAUUGAGACUAAAAUCUACGCAGAUAAAUGGUGCUCUAUGCUAAAAGGUUCAGAAUCCCCUUUUUGGAAAUGCCAUUUAGCAGUUGACCCAGUUGAAUAUUAUAAGAGAUGUGAGUACGAUACCUGCAGCUGUAGUCAUAGUGAAGCCUGUAUGUGCGCAACACUGUCCUCAUAUGCCAGGGCCUGUGCUGCAAAAGGAAUCAUCUUGUGGGACUGGAGGAAAGGAAUCUGUGAUAAAGAAAUUCCCAGCUGCCCAGCCUCACAGAUAUACUUGUAUAACAUCACUACUUGCCAGCCUUCUUGCCGCUCCCUGGCACUUGGAGAAAAAGAAUGUGACAGUAAAUUUACCCCAAUUGAUGGCUGUGGCUGCCCAGAUGGAAUGUAUAUCAAUGAAAAAGAUGGUUGUGUUCCCAUAUCACAGUGUUCUUGCUACCACCAAGGAAUGUAUCUGAGGCCAAAUGAGGUUUUCUACAAAUUAGAUGAACGAUGUUCCUGCCAUGAAGGAAAACUCAGCUGUGAAUCUUUUAUCAAUGAAACGUGUGCCAAAGGGAAAGUCUUCCUUGACUGCAAAAUGCAAAAGAGAUCUUAUGUUUCAUGGCAUAGAAGCUGCCGGACGCUACAUAUUGGACCUGUGGGUACAGGUUGCAUCUCCGGAUGUGUGUGCCCAGAGGGGCUGCUUGAUGAUGGGAAUGGCGGUUGUGUUCAAGAGAGAUCCUGCCCUUGCUCUUAUAAUAAUAACGUGUAUCCUCAUGGAUUUAGGCUUAUUGAGGAAUGCAAAUCCUGCACAUGUGAGAGUGGGCUUUGGUCAUGCAUACAAACACCUUGUUAUGGAACAUGUACCAUCUAUGGGAGCGGCCAUUAUAUUACAUUUGACAAGAAAUUCUAUGACUUUGAUGGAAGUUGUGAAUUUGUAGUUGCUCAGGACUAUUGCGGUGACAGUGCGUCUAAUGGUACAUUCAGAAUAAUCACAGAGAAUAUCCCAUGUGGCACUACUGGAGUAACAUGUUCAAAGUCUAUAAAGAUAUAUUUAGGGAAUACAGAACUGAAGUUAACUAAUAGUCACAUGGAGUUUGGAGAAUCUGCAACUGAAGUGAAAUACAGAGUCCGUGAAGUUGGUCUUUACCUAGCAAUUCAUACAAGCAGUGAUAUUUCCCUCAUCUGGGACAAGAAAACCUCCUUAUUGGUCAGGCUGCCAUCUUCUUACAAGGGCAAAGUUUGUGGUCUAUGUGGAAAUUAUGAUGACAAUUCCAACAAUGACUUCCUGACCAGCCAAUCGAUACAAGCCAGCAAUGUAAUGCCAUUUGGAAACAGCUGGAAGCGUAGUAAUGAUUGUCCUGAUGCAAAUAGUAUUCCCCAGCCAUGCCUCGCAGCACCCCACCGCAGAUCUUGGGCUGAAAAGAAGUGUGACAUUAUUACCAAUAAUAUUUUUGCAAGAUGCCAUAGCAAGGUGGAUCCAAAACCCUACUAUGAUGCUUGUGUAAAUGAUGUCUGCUCCUGUGACACUGGUGGGGACUGCGAGUGCUUCUGCACUGCUGUGGCUGCCUACGCUCAACUCUGCGCCAAAGCGGAUGUCUGUAUUCACUGGAGAACCCCAGAAAUUUGCCCAAUAUUCUGUGACUACUAUAACACUGAUGAGAAUGAAUGUAUGUGGCACUACUUUCCCUGUGGUCCAGAGGACAGAAGCAAGCACCACAACACCAAGUACUGCCACUCACCAUCUGUCACACACCUGGAAGGUUGUUACCCAACUUGUCCAACUGCAAGCCCUUACUAUGAUGAAAUAAAUAAAUCAUGUGUCACUCAUUGUCCCUGCAUUAUCAACAACAUUACCUACAGCUACAGAGAGCGCAUACCUAAUGCUAACCACUGUUUACGAUGCAUUUGUGAUGAAAAUGGAAAAGAGACUUGUUCUAAUAACCGAGAAUGCUGUAGUAUUACUACUGGCACAUCAACAAAAACAUAUCUGUCAGAUACAACUAUUUCUGAACACACUUCAAAAGGAAUCUGUUCUUCUACAAAAUGUGUCAAUGGAUCAAUAAUUCACACCACCACCCUUUGUUCAUCUCCAACUACAACUACUGGUCACAGAAUAAGAAGCAGUGAAAGUGAUGAACUUGAUGGAACAUGCUUGUAUCUUGAAUGUAACCACAACUGUGAGACAACGACAACUACAGCACCUUGUACAACAACACGUCAGAAAAUAAGCCACAGUGAAAGUCAUGAACAUGCUGGAAUGUGCGUGACUCUUGAAUGUAACGAGAAAUGUGAGACAACAACGACUACGACACCUUGUACAAAAACAACAACACGUCAGAGAAUAAGGAGUAGUGAAAGUAUGAACGUGAUGGAACAUGUUGGAAUCUUGAAUGUAGUGACAUUUGUGAGACAACAACAACUAAAGCUCCUUGUACUACUACUUCAACGCCACCAACAACCACACACACCCGCACCCACACCACACACUGUGUCUGUCGUCAUGGGAAAAACGUCUACUGGCAAGGACAAGCAACUAAACAGAAACCUUCUUGCAGGUCAGAGAAUAAGCCACAGUGAAAGUCAUGAACAUGCUGGAAUGUGCGUGACUCUUGAAUGUAACGAGAAAUGUGAGACAACAACGACUACAACACCUUGUACAAAAACAACAACACCAACAACAAUAAAAAGCACACACACAACAUGUUUCUGUAUUUACGGGAAAGACCAUUUCAAGCCAGGUCAGAGAAUAAGAAGCAGUGAAAGUCAUGAACGUGAUGGAACAUGUUGGAAUCUUGAAUGUAACAAUAAUUGUGAGACAACAACAACUAAAUCACUAUGUACUACUACUACUACAACAAGAAAAACUAAAUGUCAGGAAAUAACACGUAGUACCGUUCAUGGAAAAUGCUACAAAGUUGUAUGUGAUGGCAAUUGUAGGGAACCACCUGCAACUGAGACACCUUGUACAACAACCAUAACACCAACAACUACACACACUAAAACUAAUACAACUACAAAAACUACAACACCAACAAGUACAACAACCACCAAGUCAUCCACUGUAACAACAAUCAGUACAACUACUCCAUGUGUGGACAAGCAAAUAAACAGAAAACCUCUUGCAGGUCAGAGAAUAAGAAGCAGUGAAAGUGAUGAACAUGUUGGAAUGUGCAAGAAUCUUGAAUGUAACCACAACUGUGAGACAACAACAACUACAGCACCUUGUACAAAAACGACCACACGUCACAGAAUAAGAAGCAGUGAAAGUGAUGAACGUGAUGGAACAUGCUUGUAUCUUGAAUGUAACCACAACUCAACAACCACAGAAUGUUUCUGUCAUCAUGGGGGAAAACGCUACUGGCGAGGUAAAGCAGUCAAUACUACCAUGUCUGUGUCUUCCGACAAGCAAAUAAACAGAAAACCUCUUGCAGGUCAGAGAAUAAGAAGCAGUGAAAGUGAUGAACAUGUUGGAAUGUGCAAGAAUCUUGAAUGUAACCACAACUGUGAGACAACAACAACUACAGCACCUUGUACAAAAACGACCACACGUCACAGAAUAAGAAGCAGUGAAAGUGAUGAACGUGAUGGAACAUGCUUGUAUCUUGAAUGUAACCACAACUCAACAACCACAGAAUGUUUCUGUCAUCAUGGGGGAAAACGCUACUGGCGAGGUAAAGCAGUCAAUACUACCAUGUCUGUGUCUUCCGACAAGCAAAUAAACAGAAAACCUCUUGCAGGUCAGAGAAUAAGAAGCAGUGAAAGUGAUGAACAUGUUGGAAUGUGCAAGAAUCUUGAAUGUAACCACAACUGUGAGACAACAACAACUACAGCACCUUGUACAAAAACGACCACACGUCACAGAAUAAGAAGCAGUGAAAGUGAUGAACGUGAUGGAACAUGCUUGUAUCUUGAAUGUAACCACAACUCAACAACCACAGAAUGUUUCUGUCAUCAUGGGGGAAAACGCUACUGGCGAGGUAAAGCAGUCAAUACUACCAUGUCUGUGUCUUCCGACAAGCAAAUAAACAGAAAACCUCUUGCAGGUCAGAGAAUAAGAAGCAGUGAAAGUGAUGAACAUGUUGGAAUGUGCAAGAAUCUUGAAUGUAACCACAACUGUGAGACAACAACAACUACAGCACCUUGUACAAAAACGACCACACGUCACAGAAUAAGAAGCAGUGAAAGUGAUGAACGUGAUGGAACAUGCUUGUAUCUUGAAUGUAACCACAACUCAACAACCACAGAAUGUUUCUGUCAUCAUGGGGGAAAACGCUACUGGCGAGGUAAAGCAGUCAAUACUACCAUGUCUGUGUCUUCCGACAAGCAAAUAAACAGAAAACCUCUUGCAGGUCAGAGAAUAAGAAGCAGUGAAAGUGAUGAACAUGUUGGAAUGUGCAAGAAUCUUGAAUGUAACCACAACUGUGAGACAACAACAACUACAGCACCUUGUACAAAAACGACCACACGUCACAGAAUAAGAAGCAGUGAAAGUGAUGAACGUGAUGGAACACUGGAGGGUCUGGUUGCAGGUGGGCCAAUUUGCACACAAACAACUACAGCACCUUGUACAAAAACGACCACACGUCAGAGAAUAAGGAGUAGUGAAAGUCAUGAACGUGAUGGAACAUGUUGGAAUCUUGAAUGUAGUGACAUUUGUGAGACAACAACAACUAAAGCUCCUUGUACUACUACUUCAACGCCACGUCAGAAAAUAAGCCACAGUGAAAGUCAUGAACAUGCUGGAAUGUGCGUGACUCUUGAAUGUAACGAGAAAUGUGAGACAACAACGACUACGACACCUUGUACAAAAACAACAACACGUCAGAGAAUAAGGAGUAGUGAAAGUCAUGAACGUGAUGGAACAUGUUGGAAUCUUGAAUGUAGUGACAUUUGUGAGACAACAACAACUAAAGCUCCUUGUACUACUACUUCAACGCCACGUCAGAAAAUAAGCCACAGUGAAAGUCAUGAACAUGCUGGAAUGUGCGUGACUCUUGAAUGUAACGAGAAAUGUGAGACAACAACGACUACGACACCUUGUACAAAAACAACAACACGUCAGAGAAUAAGGAGUAGUGAAAGUCAUGAACGUGAUGGAACAUGUUGGAAUCUUGAAUGUAGUGACAUUUGUGAGACAACAACAACUAAAGCUCCUUGUACUACUACUUCAACGCCACGUCAGGAAAUAACACGUAGUACCGUUCAUGGAAAAUGCUACAAAGUUGUAUGUGAUGGCAAUUGUAGGGAACCACCUGCAACUGAGACACCUUGUACAACAACCAUAACACCAACAACUACACACACUAAAACUAAUACAACUACAAAAACUACAACACCAACAAGUACAACAACCACCAAGUCAUCCACUGUAACAACAAUCAGUACAACUACUCCAUGUGUGCCCCAUACAAGCUGGCAGAUUUGUAAUUGCACCAAAGCUGUAUGUAAUUCAAAUGGUCAACUACAGAUUGUUCAGAAAUCUUGCACAUCUCCACCAGAGAUUACCUGUGCCAAUAAAAUGAAGCCAAUAGCUGUGCCUGAUGAUGACUCCUGUUGCUGGCAUUGGGAGUGUCCUUGUAUGUGUGGUGGUUGGGGAGAUCACUAUCUUACCUUUGAUGGAACCUAUUAUGCAUACCAAGGAAGUUGCUCCUACGUUCUUGUGGAAGAAAUUGUGAAAACAGUUGAUAACUUUGGCAUUUACCUCGACAACUAUAACUGUGAAGAUAAAACUGGUAUUACCUGCCCACGCAAACUUACUGUACGACAUAAAACUCAGGAAAUUACAAUUUCACCCAAAACGUUUACUCCUAUAAGCUUAGAGACUCGUGUAAAUGGAGAUCUCGUAUUGCUUCCGUAUACACAAUAUGGAAUAACAGUUUACCAAUCCGGAGUAUAUUUAGUAGUUGAAAUACCAGAGCUGCACACCAAUGUCACUUAUAAUGGUUUGACCUUCAGUAUAAUGAUGCCAUAUGGAAAGUUUUAUAAAAACACACAUGGACAAUGUGGUACUUGUACCAACAAUCAAGCUGAUGACUUUUUGAUGGCUAAUGGUAAAAUCACAACUAGCGCUGUAGCUAUGGCCGAUUCUUUUAUGGUGCAUAACCCAGACAAGCCUCGAUGCAAGAGCAUUCCUCCAGUACAUCCUAAAACUUGCAAAUCUCCUCUCUGCGAUCUCAUCAUGGGACCGGUUUUCCAAAACUGCCAUGCAUUCCAUUCACCAGAACCUUUCUACAAAGCAUGCCUUUUGGACAGCUGCAAUAAGGCCAAUUCAAACAAUGAAUGUACAAGUUUACAACAUUAUGCUUCAAUCUGCGGUGAUCGUGGUGUCUGCAUUCAGUGGAGAAGCCAUGCCUCAACUUGUCCAAUGACUUGUCCUUCUGACAAAGUGUAUAAUGCAUGUGGCCCAGCUCUUCCUAUAACCUGCCAAACUAUACCAACAGAUGCAAUGGCACUGAAACAUGACAGACGUGUUAUGGAAGGAUGCUUCUGUGCCAAAGGCAGCAUGCCAUUUAGCAUGGCAACUGAUGUCUGCGUAAGCAGCUGUGGAUGUGUUGGGCCAGACAAUGUUCCCCGCAAGUAUGGAGAAUCCUUUGAGUAUAAUUGUGAGACCUGCACAUGUUUGAAGGGUGGUCGUGGAAUAACCUGCCAAAGACACCAGUGCCAUCAUGUAAGAAAUGAGGAGUGUACUCGGGAAGGUUUCUACAAAGUGACUCAAAUCAGUGCUACAAACAAGUGUUGUGAAGAAACUGUAUGCAGAUGUGACCCAAGUCGUUGCUCAAAUACCUUCCCUAAAUGUGGGCCUGGAUUUGAACUUAAGGGGGGCAUCAAAGAAGGGCAUUGUUGUCCUACUUAUGUUUGUGAACCAAAACAUGUUUGUGUUAGUGGAAACGCUGAAUACUUGCCUGGAUCUCAUGUUUACUCAGAGAAGUGUGAGAGCUGUAUCUGUGAACAACAUAAAAACAACUUUACAAUAGCUUGCAACCCAAUUGUCUGCAACAUACACUGCCCAGCUGGUUUUAAGGUAAAGAAAAAUUCCCCAUCUGACUGUUGUGGUACUUGUGUGCAAACCAACUGUGUGGUGAAGUAUGGUGGAUCCAACCGACUUAUGAAUGUAAGUUCAGUCAUAGCUUAA